UGGCCCGUCGUACUGCUCUUUCUCUAUCACACACAAAGUCCUUACCUGGAGCAGUUUUGUCGCGAUGUUCUCUGCCACCCUGGCGUAGAGCCAGGACUGGAACUGAAGCGCAGCAGUUCUGAGAAAGUCUACAGCAGCACAUAUUUGGGCACAUCUGAACACUCACAGCCCCCUGUAGAGACAGGAAAACCUAUGCAGGUAUCAUUUUCAAUCGGUUCCUUCAUAUCCUAUUUCACUUUUUUUUUCUAG